GGGGUUACAAUAAAUCUUGCUUGUUUCAGUAAUAAUAGCAAUUAAGUGUAGUUAACCACUUGCAUAAGCCAUGUGUGGAUUCAGAACACCUCAAAAAUGAUGUUCCAUGUGGGAAAUAAUACAUUUUCUCCUGACAUAAGAGCAUUAUUCAUCAGAGGGAGAAGAGCCGUUCAUUUUGUCUGGGGACCCUGAGCGAGACUAUUGUCCAGACGCCUAAAUUAUUACAGUCAUGUAAUGACACUUGAUGGCAGCCGACGUUUUAUGCGACCGUGGUAGUUAUUAGAAGACACCCUAG